AUGGAUUUUGUUCGGUGCUUCACCGAUGGAGCAUGGCAAAAGGAAACUCUAAACGCCAGAAUUGGAUGGGUUAUCGAGAUUCCAAACUUCAAGCGGAAACUCCAGAAAUCAGACUAUGUGGUCUUUGUGGGAUCCCCCCUAAUAGCUGAAGCAAUAGCAAUCAAAAUGGCUCUGGCAGAUGCGAUUGACUUAGAAAUCAGGAAACUCUGUGUGGCUUCAGAUUCAAAAUCGCUUAUUCAGACAAUCACGACCAAGACCUUAUGCCCGAAAAUCUAUGGAGUUCUCUUGGAUAUAUUUAACUUGAUUUCGUUUUUCUCUGAGAUUCGUUUCAUGUAUGUACCAAGGGAAGCCAAUGCUCAGGCUGAUGCUUUAGCAAAAAGGGCUCUUGAGGGAAUCGAAAGAGACCAACCCAGAAAUGUAAGGGAUAGUUUUUCCUAG